AUGGCCAUGCCACCGCAUGCCGUACGCUUCUUGAGGUCCGGCAUCGAAAACCCGCAUACUUCAUGGUCCGACGCAGCCAGAGCGCCUGGUCCAAGAGGGUUGCGGGGAUUCAAACCGGCCGAGGAACCACGGGAAACACAACACAGGAAAUGCGAGCGGCCCCUUAACGCUCAGCCGGUCGAAGCCUGUGAAUCGUUCGCCCGGGCUCAAAAGUGGUGGAUUGACGCUCAGAAAAAGGCGACUUUGUUAGGCAUCUACUUGGACACAAGGGGCACUAAAGUCUGGUGUGUUAUGUCGGGGGGGCAGAUGUGGAGGUUGUACCUGUCCCAGGUGCACGAUGGGAGUGUGGUCGUCGGGCUUCCGGGCGCUUUACGACGGAGCGGCCUGCUGCUGGAUGUCAACACUGUGAUAGAGGAGCACCCCACUUCCAGGGCCCACAAGGCGCUUUGGCACCCAGAGCGACUACUUUCCGGUCAUGUUCACAGCCGACAUGCGAGAGGAACCAGGACAAGAUCCACGAUGGAAGGGGCUGACAGCCGCGGGGUUCGCGCACAUUCUCCGGUUCAUGUACUACGGCUCCCCUGGAGCUCAGCAUGCCGCAGUGGCCGUUCCAAAGAUGCCUUCAGGGCGGCCAUGUACGUCCAGCUCACGGGCGGGUGGGGAUUCUGCUGCUCCUUCCUGCUGGCCAAGAUCUGUCUGGAGAACUGAUGCGCCGAGGUCAUGCGCCUCCUGGAGGACUUCAGCGUGGGCGUGGAGGGCGUCCAGGAGCAGCUCGACAACUUCCUACUUGACAACUUUGUUCCCCUCAUGAGCCGACCCGACUUCCUGUCCUACCUCAGCCUCGAGAGACUGCAGGCGUACCUGAACAGCGACGCUCUGAGCCGCUUCCCAGAAAUCGAGCUGUAUGAAGCUGUCCAGGCGUGGCUGCGACACGACCGGCGGCGCUGGAGGCACACCGACACCAUCGUCCAGUCCAUCCGCUUCUGCCUCAUGACUCCCGCCAACAUCUUUGAGAAGGUGAAGACGUCAGAGUUUUACCGUUACUCCCGGCAGCUGAGGCAGGAGGUCGAUCAGGCGCUCAGCUACUUCCACGACGUCAACCAGCAGCCUCUGGUGGAGACGCGCUCCAACCGCAUCCGCUCCGUCCGCCCGCAGACCGCCGUCUUCAGGGGAAUGAUCGGUCACAGUAUGGUCAACAGCAAGAUCCUCCUGCUGCAGCGGCCGAAGGUGUGGUGGGAGCUGGAGGGACCUCAGGUGCCGCUGCGACCCGACUGCCUGGCAAUCGUCAACAACUUCGCCUUCCUGUUGGGUGGCGAGGAGCUGGGGCCCGACGGAGAGUUUCACGCCUCCUCCAAAGUCUACCGCUACGACCCUCGCCAGAACUCCUGGCUACGCAUGGCCGACAUGUCCGUGCCGAGGUCGGAGUUCGCCGUGGGCGUCAUCGGCAAGUUCAUUUACGCCGUGGCGGGCCGCACGCGAGACGAGACCUUCUAUUCCACGGAGCGCUACGACAUCACGGAGGACCGGUGGGAGUUCGUGGACCCGUAUCCUGUCAACAAGUACGGCCACGAGGGAACGGUCCUCAACGGUAAACUGUACAUCACCGGCGGCAUCACCUCCUCCUCCACUUCCAAACAGGUGUGCGUGUUCGAUCCGGGGCGGGAGGCGGGAGGAGGAGGAGGCGGCGGCGCGGGAGGAGGAGGCGGCGGCGGAGGCGGCGGCGGCAGCUCGGGCGGGUCAGACGCACACAGGACACGCGCCGGUCGAGGCCCGCUGCUGCCCGGCACCCACGCCAGCUGCUGGGAGAACAAAUCCAAAAUGAACUACGCCCGUUGCUUCCACAAGAUGAUCUCUCACAACGGGAAGCUGUACGUGUUCGGCGGCGUGUGCGUGAUCCUGCGGGCUUCGUUUGAGUCGCAGGGCUGCCCGUCCACCGAGGUGUACGACCCCGACACCGACGAGUGGACCAUCCUCGCCUCCAUGCCCAUCGGGCGCAGCGGCCACGGGGUGGCGGUGUUGGACAGGCAGAUCAUGGUGCUGGGCGGCCUGUGUUACAACGGACACUACAGUGACUCCAUCCUCACCUUCGACCCCGAUGAAAACAAGUGGAAGGAGGACGAGUAUCCCAGGAUGCCUUGCAAACUGGACGGUCUGCAGGUGUGCAGUCUGCACUUCCCAGAGUAUGUGCUAGAGCACGUCAGACGCUGCAGCUGAGGUCUGCUCCACAACAAUCCUUUUUAUAGAAAUGGGAAUGCACUGCUCGAGGACUGAGUCUCCCACUGGGAGAUCAGGUGUUUACAGGUGGGAGACUCGACUGAUGCAGGCUUUUAAUCUAGAGACCAGCACUUGCCUAAAGGUUAAAGGUGAGGUAAAGAUGGCCGGGCCAUAGAUUUUGCUGUUCUCAAUGAAGCCAAUCGAAGCGUGGCGAGACGUCACAUGUUAACAGUCAGCUUGAACACUUUCAGAAUUAGCUUUCUCAGAAAAAUUAAGAAAAAUUAUUUGUGGGGAGACAAAAAAAAACCAAGUUCUGCUGGUUUAUGUUUGGACUGUGGUCAGUUCCCUAUUCUACUACUCACCUCCUGUAUUUAGGCUGUCCAGUCAGGCUUAAUGCAGAAACGCACUGGAAGCUUCAGAUUCACACAUUUACAGACGUAUUUGUUGGAUUUCACUCUCAAACAAACCUGCGUCACAAACGUAUCUGAAUCAGGUUUCUUCUGCUUUCGUAGCAUCCGUUGACCUAAAGGCAAACAAACAGAGAAAAAAGGCCCUAUAAGAUAUAUAACAGCCAGUUUAAAGCAUACAAUUAGGUAUAUAAACCAAAUAUGAACACUAUAUACUGUAGUGUAGCUCAUUUCAUAGCCUGUCUUUAAGUGUACGAAGCAGACGGUCGAGAGAGAUCCCUCAAACUGACACCACAGAUCCAGCUCUCGCUUCCAGUGCGUUCCAGCUUUUUAGUCCCAAUUCUGCUCUUUACUCCCAGAUAUCCACCAUAACUGUGCUCAUGUUCAUAUAACAUCACCGUGUCUUUCUGUGCCCCCUCUCCUUCCUCUGUCUGAGUGUGUGUGUGUGUGUGUGUGUGUGUGUGAGAGAGAGAGAGCUGAAUCCAAGGUUGAGAGGAAAACACUACAUGGUACACGAGGGCUCAUCCUCCAUUCGGUGAUGUGACCGGGACUCGAAGGUUAAAGGACGUCGUCUGUAUCCGUCUAGUCACUGGCAGUGCUUUAUUUACUCUCGUCUACAUUCCCUUUGCACUUUAUUGGUUCUUGUUGCAGCUCUCGGGGUGUAAAUGCACAGUUUUACCAGCUCACCUUCACAAAGCAGCUGUAGUGUUACAACAUGCUGUAAUGUUACGGUGUCUGAAAUUAAUGUCCUGGCUCAACUGUUCCCGCUCUCACAGCUGGAUUAUACGUUUAAGACGCGUUGGGCCUCACGCAACAACAUCUUCUUCUCAACCUAAAGUUGUUUUCUCCUGUCAGGUUUGCUCUUAGACGAGGCGCUCGAUCGGGAGAUUUCACGCCGUUCGAAGGCUGCCGGUUCUGAUCCGUUCGUGGGAAGUUUUUCAUCACGUCCUGGAAUAUCUGUACGUUUAGAGACCAGUUUUCCAAUCAUGGAAACAGCUGGAACUUGAUUAAACUGACCAAAUAUGCUGGAAAUAAUGUGUUUUGUGCACCUAUGCAAACGUAGGUGUGUGUUUUGUUUGAAACCCGACUGCUGGUGGGUUAAACUCUAAACGUAUGACGCUUUUUAAAGCAGGUUUAUCAGAUGCAAAGUGGAAAGAAAGAAAUGAAUAAUAAAUAAAGCCAUCAAAGGUCAAAUUCACAUUUGUUCUUGUGCUUGAUAAACAUGCACAGCGAUCAGUCUUUAUAGCUUUAAUAGAAGAAUUUGCUAUAAAAUAACUUCUACUUGAGUCGAUUGUGAGCCUUACAGGUGAACUAUAGCUCAGGUGAAACGAGUUGUGUGGAGACUCUAACGGAUCUUUUUGUACGAGUGGUUCUUGCGUGAGGCCCGUUGUUUACUCUGUACUUUGCUCUUCACAUUUCAUCUUCCUCGCGUACAAACCAGGUUGUGUGUAUUUGAAUCCGACCGACGGAGCUCAACAAAUUACCAGCCAGUGUUUUUGAUGAUUGUUUUUUUUUAUUUUUUGCCAGUAUGUGAACCAAAGCUGAACUUUACCGGCCUCUUGCAGUCAGCGGUGUUAAUUUCAGACAGUGAAGUGUCACCUGGAGUGCUUCAGUCACAUCCGUUCUUUUAGCCGGUUCAAUAUUUCUUCUGUCACAUGUACUGUAAUAGCUUUCUCAUCUAAGCAGCUCAACGCCUCGAUCCUGCAGCCGAGCACGCCCUGCUCGAUUACCAGCUCCUCCUUUCUCACCAGGUCCUCUCUACAUAUUUAUAUCUCCUUUUUUUUAUUUUUUAUUUCCCAUGAGCCAACUGUGAAAAGGGCUAGAACACAUACUGAUGCAGUUCCGUAUGUCGGCCGCGUAUUUAAGUUAUUUAUUUUCUGAAGUAUUGCUUUCACCGAGCUAUGCAGUAACAGACGUAGGGUUAUUUAUUAAGACAAGCAUUUUCAGUGUGAAUCGUGUUGUUUUUUUUUUUUUCAAAAUUGUACUUUUGUCGUCUUCUCUGGUUUCAUCCUCGACCCGUCUGCCCCGUCCUCCUCAGCGGCGCUGCAUGUGGCUAAUGAAUGGAUGCUUUGAGUCUUUCUUCCAGUGUACACUGACCAGACUGCAGGUACAAUUUUAAAAGGAGGGUUACUGGUGUUAUUUAAAAAUUACGGCCCCCAUUUUUACCGCAACUUUACAUUUUCCUGUACGCAAAAAGUGUCAUUCAGAUUAAUCAUCAUUUCUUAAAUACAGAUUGUAGGCAGCAUGUUUUUUUUUUGAGGGAAUCAGGCUUCAGUUUUCUUCCUGAUAUGAAAAUAAUCUGGUGUUCUCCUUUUAAUUAAUGGAUCUUUGUAUCAACGAUGUCCCUGCUGUCCACACAGACCCCUCCAGUCUACAGCUUCAUGAUGCCACUGGGGUUUGUUUAUUGGGGGGAAGUCUUUGUGGCACCGGUAGGAAUCUUAGAUUGUGUAAAUUCCCCGUGUUGACGCCUCCUCAGUGGUGAGAAGUUGUGUGUUUCUCACUGUGGACUUGAAAAAUGUUUUGAGGAAAUACAGUAGAUGCAUUGGCGAUUAUUUUCCUAAUCAAUUCAUUGUUUAGUCAAUAAAAUGUCGUCAAAUAAAAGUGGAGAAUGACUUUUUGUUUUGUUGGAUCAAUAAUCCAGAACUCAAAGAUCGAUUAUUUACGGUUUUAUAUGUGACACAGAAAAGCAGCAGAUCCUCAGAUUUGGGAAACUACAACCAGCAAAUGUUUAUUUUUACUUUAAAAUGAUCAAAAUAGUUGCAGAUUAACUUAAUUUCAAUAGAUUAAUUGAUUAAUUGACUAAUCAUUGCAGCUCUAAUAUACAGCCAUUACUCUAAAGAUGUUUCAUUUUUUCCUUUCCGAUUACAACUGAUCGGCCAAUCGAACACAUAUUACAACAAAAUGUAUGUAUAUUAUAUAUUUAUUUUAUAUUAUUAUUAUUAGCACAUACUGCUAAGCCUGUAUAAUUAAUUAAACUCUUGGUAAGAGUCAUUUAAAGCAGCAUCAGACGUGUCUUUUUACAAACAUUUUGCCAAUAAAAACCUGGUAAACAGAAGCUAAAUUAAAAUAAUGGUUCAAACUAAAACAAUCUUAGCUUUCAAACUGUAUUUCCUCACAUUUUUCCUGCCAUUAAACAUGUUUAUUAUUCAGAUCCGCACCUAAAUUUACACCUAAAACUGCUUUUCUUCCCAUAUUCCAGUUUGUUUUUCUUGUCACUUCUAAUGUUUGAACUCCAAAACCUUCAGAAUAACCGCAGACGGCAGCAACGCUCACCCUGAGGCAGGUCUGCUUUAACUCCACGUCCCUUUAUAUGUCACUGUAGUCUGCAGCUGAUAUCAUCUACAUCACAUCUGCCACUCUGCAGUCCUCUCGCUGCUCCUCCUCCUCCUCCUCUUCCUCCUCUCAUGUUGCUGUUAAAAGAACAAAAGUGUAACCGUUAAAGUACUACUGUCCUGAGUUGAGGCACAUUCAGUCAUAGCAGCAUCCUUUAGUCCACCACGUCUUCAGUCUGUCAGUAGGAAAACAGAAUAGAGGAUUUAAAAAAAACAAACAAAAAAAACAUACCUUGCUACAACGACUGUAUCCGAAAAAGAAAGUAAAAUCAGAUUAACAUAUCUUAUAAUCUGAGUAGAAACUCUUUGGAAACGAUUUGUAACUUCUUUCCAGAAAUAAAUGUUCAUAUUGGUCAA